GCUUGACAACGGGAGAACGGCGGAAGGUUAUGCCAACGACAAAAGCGCCGUCUGAUUUCACGUGAACGUCCUCAGUCUCCUCUCAGAGAAGAUCUCUCCCAAGGGGGGAGUUUUCCACACGUCUCUGCCACUGUUUAUCACUGACGUCCUGUGUGGCCCCUGCGUUACAGGGGCAAUAUUCUUCUGUAUCUUCACUGUGAGAGACACCUGAUAUGGACAAGACAGAGGAGGUGGUCAUGACCAAGGCCAAAAGUGAACAAAAUGGGGAAAUAAGCGAGGACCAGGACAAAAAGAAGGGGAAGAAGAAGAAAGAGAAGGAGCCAAAGCAAGCAAUGGUCGGCCCCAUUGCCCUGUUCAGGUUCGCGGAUGGCUACGACAUCGGACUGAUCCUUCUGGGAACGGUGAUGGCCGUGGCCAAUGGGGUCGUGCUUCCUCUCAUGUGUAUUGUGUUCGGCGACAUGACAGACAGCUUUGUGGAUGACUCCAAACUGUCCAAGAAUAUCAGCCAUCCUGGUGAGUUUUCACAUCCACACACCACUAACACCACCCUGGGAGACGAUAUGAACAGCUAUGCCAUCUACUAUUCCAUCAUGGGGGCGGUGGUGCUGUUGGCAGCCUACAUUCAGGUGGCCUUCUGGACCCUUGCAGCAGGGCGGCAGGUGAAACGCCUCAGGAAACUCUUCUUCCACUGCAUCAUGCAACAGGACAUUGGCUGGUUCGAUGUCAACGAGACCGGAGAGCUCAACACACGGCUGACGGACGAUAUCUACAAAAUCCAAGAAGGCAUAGGGGAUAAAAUGGGGAUGCUAAUCCAGUCAUUCACUACCUUCUUCACGUCCUUCAUCAUCGGUUUCAUCCGAGGCUGGAAGCUCACUCUUGUCAUCCUGGCUGUCAGCCCUGUGCUGGGUAUAUCAGCCAGUCUCUUCAGCAUGGUGUUGACGUCUUUCACAUCUAAAGAGCAGACUGCAUAUGCCAAGGCCGGAGCUGUUGCUGAAGAGGUCCUGUCCGCCAUCAGGACCGUCUUUGCGUUCAGUGGUCAGACAAUGGAGAUCAAGAGGUAUCAUAAGAACUUGGAAGAUGCUAAGAACGUGGGCAUAAAGAAGGCCCUCUCUGCAAACAUCGCCAUGGGCUUCACCUUCCUGAUAAUCUACAUGUCCUAUGCGCUGGCCUUUUGGUAUGGCAGCACACUCAUCUUAAGUGGCGAGUACACCAUUGGAACUGUGCUCACAGUAAUCUUCAGUGUGAUAAUUGGAGCGUUUACCUUGGGACAGACUUCUCCUAACAUCCAGUCCUUUGCCAGCGCCCGGGGAGCUGCACACAAGGUGUACAGCAUCAUCGACAACAAACCGAACAUCAACAGCUUUUCAGAAUCUGGCCACAGGCCCGACCACAUCAAAGGAAACGUAGAGUUCAAGAACAUCCAUUUCUCCUACCCCUCAAGGCCUGACGUCAAAGUGUUGAAUAACAUGUCUCUGACUGUGCAUAAUGGUCAGACCAUGGCCCUGGUUGGCAGCAGCGGCUGCGGAAAAAGCACCACUGUUCAGCUUCUUCAGAGGUUUUAUGAUCCUCAGGAAGGAAGUGUGUGCGUCGAUGGCCACGACAUCCGUUCACUCAAUGUGCGCUACCUGAGGGAGAUGAUUGGGGUGGUGAGCCAGGAGCCCAUCCUCUUUGCCACCACCAUCACGGAGAACAUCAGAUAUGGCCGACCUGAUGUGACGGAGCAAGAGAUCAACCGGGCCGCCAAGGAAGCCAACGCGUACGACUUCAUCAUGACCUUACCCGAUAAGUUUGACACCCUGGUAGGCGACAGAGGCACUCAGAUGAGCGGAGGGCAGAAGCAGAGGAUCGCCAUCGCCCGGGCUCUGGUCCGCAAUCCCAAGAUCCUCCUGCUCGAUGAAGCCACCUCAGCCCUCGAUGCUGAGAGUGAGACCAUCGUGCAAGCAGCCCUGGACAAGGUCAGGAAGGGUCGUACUACCAUAGUGGUGGCCCACCGUCUUUCCACUAUCAGAAACGCUGAUGUGAUCGCCAGUUUCCAGAACGGAGUGAUUGUUGAGCAGGGCACCCAUGACAAACUAAUGGAGAAACAGGGAGUCUACCACACGCUUGUCACCAUGCAGACCUUCAAGAGCGUGGAGGAGGAUGAUGCAGCGGCAUGUGAGCAGGCUGUGGAUGAGAAGAGCCCGUCCAUCAUGUCCUUCUCAGAAUGUUCUCUGUACAGAAGGAAAUCCACUAACGGCUCCUCCUUCAUUGUCUCAGAGGGAGAGAAGGACAAGAAAGGAAAGGAGGAAAGUGACAAGGACAAGACGGAGGAGGAUGAGAAGGUUCCUCCCGUGUCAUUCUUCAAGGUGCUGCGUCUCAAUCUCCCCGAGUGGCCCUACAUCGUGGUGGGGGUGAUCUGUGCCACCGUCAACGGAGCGAUGCAGCCUGCCUUCGCCAUCAUCUUCUCCAAGAUCACUUCUGUGUUCGCCGAACAAGAUCAGGACAUUGUCCGGGAGAGAUCCAAUUUGUUUUCCCUCAUGUUUGCCGCUAUCGGAGGAAUAUCCUUCAUCACCAUGUUUCUGCAGGGCUUCUGCUUCGGAAAAGCUGGCGAGAUUCUGACCAUGAAGCUGAGACUCCGAGCCUUUACAGCCAUGAUGAGACAGGACCUUUCCUGGUUUGAUGAUCCAAAGAACAGUGUUGGUGCUUUGACCACCCGACUGGCUACAGAUGCUGCCCAAGUACAGGGGGCCACGGGGGUCCGCAUGGCCACACUGGCCCAGAACAUCGCCAACCUGGGCACCAGCAUCAUCAUCUCCUUCGUGUACGGCUGGGAGCUCACACUGCUCAUCCUAGCCGUGGUGCCGGUCAUGGCGGUGGGUGGAGCCAUUCAGAUGAAGUUCCUCAGCGGACACGCCACCAAGGACAAGAAAGAACUAGAAAAGGCUGGAAAGAUUGCUACAGAGGCCAUAGAGAAUAUUCGGACUGUUGCAUCUCUGACCAGAGAACCUAAGUUUGAGUCUUUAUUCCAAGAAAAUCUGCAAGUGCCUUACAAUAAUGCCCAGAAGAAGGCCCAUGUAUUUGGCAUUACCUUCUCCUUUUCACAGGCGAUGAUCUACUUUGCCUAUGCAGGCUGCUUCCGCUUCGGAGCCUGGCUGAUUGAGGCGGGCAGGAUGGAUUUUGAAGGGGUAUUACUGGUGAUUUCUGCUGUUCUCUAUGGAGCUAUGGCUGUCGGGGAGGCCAACUCAUUCACUCCAAACUACGCUAAAGCCAAAGUUUCAGCUUCUCACCUCAUGAUGCUGAUCAAUAGCGUGCCCCUCAUAGACAAUCUGUCAUCAGAGGGAGAGUCCCCGGAUGGAUUUGACGGUAACGUGUGCUUCAAGGAUGUCGGAUUUAACUACCCCUCGCGCCCCGAAAUACCCAUCCUGCAAGGCUUGAAUCUGCAGGUGAGCAAGGGGGAGACUCUGGCCCUGGUGGGGAGCAGCGGCUGUGGCAAGAGCACCACCAUCCAGCUUCUGGAGAGGUUCUACGACCCCAGAGAAGGGACAGUGAUGAUGGACAAGAGGGAUGUGAAACUGCUGAGCAUCCAUUGGCUGAGAGCCCAGAUGGGCAUCGUCUCACAGGAGCCGGUGCUGUUCGACCGCAGCCUGGCUGAGAACAUCGCCUACGGAGACAACAGUCGCACUGUAACCAUGGAGGAAAUACAGGCAGCCGCCAAAGCAGCCAACAUUCACAGUUUCAUUGAAAGUCUGCCACAGAAGUAUGACACACAGGCAGGCGAUAAGGGGACCCAGCUUUCGGGUGGCCAGAAGCAGCGGAUAGCCAUAGCCAGAGCCAUCCUCCGCAACCCGAAAGUACUGCUGUUGGAUGAGGCCACCUCUGCACUUGACACAGAGAGUGAAAAAGUGGUACAGGACGCACUGGACCAGGCCAGCCAGGGCAGGACGUGUAUUGUGGUGGCCCACCGUCUGUCCACCAUACAGAAUGCUGACCGCAUCGCCGUCUUCCAGGGCGGGAAGGUGGUUGAACAGGGGACACAUCAGCAGCUGCUGGCCAAGAGGGGAGUCUACUACACACUGGUGACCACACAGAUGGGCUACAGCAAGGAGUGAGGAAGCAAGCAGAGGACGGAGAGAAGCGCUAAAGUCAGAUGUACCGACAGUACACUGAUUGUUUUUUUUGUUUUUGUUUUUACUUUUAUUUAUCCAGUCAAAGUUGACUGAGACAUAGGCUCUUCUUUUUACAACACCCCAGUUAACAUUCACACUGAACGGCUCCAUUAGAGAAAACAAGAGGUUGAAAUCCUGGCUCAAGGGCACCUCGGCGGUAGCUGCUGAGUAAGAGGAAAAGGUUUCUCUGGUUCACUUCUCCCACCUGAGGCUUUCCUGUUCAGCUGAGGGAUUUGAAGAUCCUUCACUCACAAGCCCGCUUCUCCGGCAUCUGGGGUAUGGUUGCUCCUCUCCUCCGACCUUCCCACUGGUUCAUUUUCAUUUGUACUGUACUCGGUGAUAGGAGUUCGUUUGUGGCUGUAUUUUUUGACAUGUCUCUUGAGGUCUUUUCAUGGCUGAAGUUGCUCGAUAGUCAGCUCAAUCAAGUGCCGUUCUUUAACCACUGCUGUUAUAUUCCUGAAGAUAUAUGUACGCUCUCUCAUUCUGUCUUUCACACACGACUUGCUAAUGCAUCCCACACACUGGAUCUCACACGCCUCUGGCACCUGGACUUCCUCAUCAUUGAAUGUAUUUCGGCCAGUGUUCAGGACCCUUUUGUUGCACCUGCUUAUUUUUGAGAUUUAGCCAUUUGUACAGUGUGACUUCACGACAGCAGGCGUGUCGAAACCAAAGAGAAGUGCCGCGCCGUGCAGGUGUACAUUUUUGUAUCACACAAGCUCUUGAAAGUACAAAGAAUCAAGUUCUGUUUCUACAAAUGCUCUGAAUUACUAAUCUUAGCGUGAGAAUUAGUUUUUACAUGGAUGCUUAUUAAAGUAUUAUGGUCAACCGACUA